AUGCACACUUCAUACCUCACCAUCGCUUUCCUGGCCAUCGGCGCCAUCGCCGCGCCAGCAGCUCCCAAGCCUGCUGACGGCAGCAUCGGCGGCAUGACCGGUGGAUUCCCUUUCAACCCCUCUGCUCCCUCAAGCUCCGAGGAAUCUGGCGAUGAUGGGUUCGACAACCCUUUCCCGGCCGCCAUGCAAGCUUUGGAGCAGGCUGAGGCUGCUCCUACCUCCUCCGCGUCUGCCAGCCACUCCCACCCUGCUGUGCCUGAGCCUACCGCAUCAGCUAAGCCCGAGGCUGAUGAUUCCUCUGUCAUUCCCGACACCCCUAAGAUUCCCUACGUGAAGGCUGAGCCCACCCACUCUUCGCAAAAGCUUCACCCCACGCCCACCAGCUCUAUCGUUAAGCCUCACACUCCCUCCGUGGAGUCCCACGUUGUGACUCCCACCCACGCCGCCAUGGGCUUCCCUGCUCCUAAGGUGUCCCAGGGUCCCGUCGCUCCCCCUGCCCCUGCUGUCUCGGAGCCUGCUAUGCCUUCCGCCAGCCACGGUCUCAUCCAUGGUGCCGCCAAGAGCAGCAGCUCUGCUACUCCUACCUCCAGCGCCACUCCUUCACCCAGUGCCUCUGCUCCCGCUGGUCCCCUCGGAAACCUUUUCGAGGGCCUUCCUCUCGUUGGAGGCCUUGUCGGUGCCCCACUCGCUGGUCUUGGUCUCCGUCGUUAA